GAGAUGCACUCGCAUCCUCUGUGUGUAUGUGUCAUGCCGGCGCUUUUCUGCUGAGGCCCGUCUGAUCUCGGAAAGUACCUGUUGUUGAAGUAUACUGUGGACAGUGGGAUGAGGAUCAUCAUCUUAGUGUUGACCUGCCUAGGGAGCUGCUGCGUGUCGCCAAACAAAACUCUUCAACACGUUUUAUUGGGGAGCACAACAGUUAUAAACUGUGGAAGUUUGAAUACCGCUGGUACCGAUGAAGUCAAGUGGUUCUUCAGUAAAGACCAGGGCUCUAAACGGCUCUUGAUGUUUCACAUAAACAAACAAGGGCGAUCUGUUAUUAACUCACUUAUAAAAGAUCAUCCAAAAAGGACAGUUGCAAGGAAUAUGUCAUUGGUUAUUGAAGACUUUAAUGAAGAGGAUGAAGGAGUUUAUGUCUGUGAAGUAUACCUGAGCACAUCACCAUACACCAUCACCACAUCUAAAUGGAUUUUAGAAAAAAAGACUCCACCAUCAAAGUGGUGGUAUGCUGUUAGAGGUGAUGGCUAUCAACAUGAAUGUACUGGUAUGGGCAAGGCUGUUCAAUGGACCUUUCAGCCACUGACAGGGAAUAGAGAUAGACAAUAUUCUCAAAAUUCCUCUCUUGUCUUAACCAACAUUGAAGAACAUAUAGCGGGGAAUUACACUUGUUGGAUUAUAUCAGGAGAUGGACAACAAGAAAGAGCUUUUUCAUUGAUACUUUGCAUUGUCUCUGGCACUUCCGAUGAAAGGGAAUCUCCGCAGAACUGUAGUCUUCUGUGCAGUAAACGCAGUGACAUUGAGACAUUAGAUCCACUUGUUGUGGUCACUGAUAGAGUGAACAUCACUGUAUACCACAAAUCAAAGAAACCAGAUGGACGGGUGGACUGCAUUGUCACUCUUAAGGGUGGGCAUAAAAAAGACAACAUUCAAUCAAAUAGUUCAGCUUUCCAUAAUGGGUUUGGAAACUUUACAAAGGACAUAACAAACGCCCCUGGCAUAAACACAAAUGCACCGGUCUCUCACGGCAGCUCCCGAGCUGUGAAGUCAAUAUGGAUCAGUUUAACUGUCUGUUUAGGUUUGUGUUGUCUAGUUAUUGUGUUGGUUGCGUGUCACAGAAGAAGAGUUGAAGUAUCCAACAUUGACUGUCUCAGAGAUUGUCAUGGAGUUUGUCAUUUCAACUCCAGAUCAGAGGAUGAAGUACAUGAAGUACAUUACAUGUCAGUGCUGUUUAGAAGAUCUGAUGGAAGUGUGUUGAGAUCUGCAAAUGAAUGUGUGUACAGUGACAUCAAAGUGCAAAAUGCAAAAUGACAUUGAUUUUGUUUUCUAUGAUGAUGCUGAAUUCUGUGA